UAGGCAAUUUUUGCUACUCUGAUUCUAAAUUAACAACAUGUAAAUGAUAGGCAGCUAGCAUAAACAUAUGUGAAUCAAGAGGAUAAUCAAUUUGAGUGACUAGGCUUAUUUUGUUUCAGUAACUUUAAUGUUCCUCAACUUCAUCUCCCAGGCCUUCCCCUAGCCCCAAAUUCCUAUAGGUUUACAAGAAGGAAGCAGUCUCAGGCUGGGAGGAGGGUGGAGAAAAGACAAGAUUUCUAACUAGUUUAAUUUAUUUUAUUUUGUUUUAUUUUAUUUUUGAGAUGGAGUUUUGCUCUGUCGCCCAGGCUGUAGUGCAGUGUCACCAUCUCAGCUCACUGCAACCUCUGCCUCCCAGGUUCCAGCAAUUGUCCCACCUCAGCCUCCCAAGCAGCUGGGACUACAGGCACGUGCCAACACACCUGGCUAAUUUUUGUACUUUCAAUACAGACAGAGUUUCGCCAUGUUGGCCAGGAUGGUCUCGAUCUCCUGACCUCAAGUAAUCUGCCCGCCUCAGCCUCCCAAACUGCUGGGACCGCGCCUGGCCCCUAACUAAUUUCUCCCUGUUUCUCUCCCUGAUAAAGAGUGGGAGGGGAGCAAGGAGAUUGAAGGGAGAUGUUUUCCAAAGGGCAGGAUUUGUGGUUAUUAUUUAUACCCACAGUAUUAGUUAAAUGUCUAUCUGUGCUUGCCUCAAUGUGCCUCUAGUGCUGAUAGAGAACAGGUUAAACAGGUCCGGUGUUCACAUCUAAAAUGACCUGGAGAGGACUGGGCGCCGUGGCUCACGCCUGUAAUCCCAGCGCUUUGGGAGGCCGAGGUGAGAGGAUCACCUGAGGUCGGAAGUUCAAGACCAGCCUGACCAACAUGGAGAAAGAAACUCCGUCUCUACUAAAAAAUACAAAAUUAGCUGGGCAUGGUGGUGCAUGCCUGUAAUCCCAGCUACUUGGGAGGCUGAGGCAGGAGAAUCACUUGAACCCAGGAGGCAGAGGUUGCAGUGAGCCGAGAUCGCACCAUUGCACUCCAGCCUAGGCAAUAAGAGCAAAACUCCUUUUCAAAAAAAUAAAAAUAAAUAAAUAAAACCACUUGGAUGGGAAUAGACAUAAAACUUUAGGUAGGUGAAUGUAGAGGGAGUAUUGUUAUGUAAAUUAAUAAUAAGCAUUUUCAUAUUUCAUAGAAAUAAGAGGCAAGAGAGUAUCUCUGGGUUUAGGCAGUUUCUGGGGAGAAAAAAUGAACUGAGGAAAAGUUGCUGUCUCAACUCUAGCUGUCAAGAGAUGCUUACUGGGUCCAGGCACCGUGGCUCAUGCCUAUAAUCCCAGUCCUUUGGCAGGCUGAGGAGGGUGGAUUGCUUGGGCCCCCAGGAGUUGAGACCAGCCUAGGCAACAAAGCAAGACCCUGUCUCAAUUUAAUAAAAGAAAUUUGCUAUCUUUAUUAAUUUUUUUUUAAAGAGAAGCUUACUGGAAGAACUUGUGGGAGUGCUUUUUUGCCCCAAUCUGAAGUUAUUUAUCAAAACCAGUUCCCACGACCUACAUUUCCCCUCCCAGCUUACAGGAAACCCCUCCCAAGGCCUUUAUACUAUGGUUUGGGAUUGUGUAAGGUUCAGUAGAGCCCUUUGAGGUGGAAGACUUCCCCUUCCUCACCAGCAUUUCACCUUUAGGGGCAUGAAACUGACUCUCUGUGCCUCCUCCAUUCUUCACCCCAAGCACUGUGUGACUUAAUCUUUUUAUCCUUGGGUGAGGCAGAGAGAAGGUAUCCCUAAACAUACAAGCAGCCUGUAUAUUCUUAGUAUGUUGUGUGAAGGGGCAGAGUGUGGGGUAGGGCAGAGGAAUUAUCCCUGUCUUGGCUAUGAGGGGGUUACUGAUGUGAUGCCUAUUAGAGUAAGCUAAAGAUCAUCAUAUUAAUAACCAUUAGCGUAGAUUUAACAUUUCUUUCUCCACCUCUUAUCCUUCUUUCUCCUUUGUGCUCUCCCUUUCUCUCUGUCUUUUCUCCCUUCCCUGUCAUGAUCUGUUUCAGGGAAGCUGACUCCACCCAUGUCUUCAAUCCCACCAGUCUUCCCUCCCAAGUCUGGAAGCCCCACGACCUCUUGGUCUCAUCUGGUCACAGCAAGUUAGAGGUGGAAAGAGCUCAGCACAGGGCCCUUCUGUUUACACAUAUACUGCCCAUAGCCAGGAGUGACUGCACAAACACUAGCCAGCCUUCUACACUACAUUCCUUUUCCAAGACUUUUCUGGGUUAGUUUGCUUUCCAGCCCACUGAUUUCCUUCUUAUUGGACAGGUCACUCUUUUGCAUCCCAAGCCUGGCUUAGGCAAGUCCCUGAGGUCAGUAAACAUCUUCAGUGCCCCUCAGCUGAGUCCCUUUUGACCAUGGAACACCAUCAGCCUGAGGAUCCAGCCCCUGGUAAGGCUGGGACUGCAGAAGCAGUCAUCCCUGAAAACCAUGAGGUUCUGGCAGGCCCAGAUGAGCACCCUCAGGACACAGAUGCAAGAGAUGCUGAUGGGGAGGCUGGAGAACGGGAACCAGCAGACCAAGCUUUGCUGCCUAGCCAGUGUGGGGACAACCUUGAGUCCCCUCUGCCUGAAGCUAGCUCAGCUCCACCGGGGACAACCCUUGGGACACUGCCUGAAGUAGAGACAAUAAGGGCAUGCUCCACGCCCCAGAAGCUUCCUCAGUCCCCCAGGACCAGACAGCCUGAGCCAGAUUUCUACUGGGUCAAGUGGAUCCCUUGGAAAGGAGAACGGACACCCAUCAUCACCCAGAGCACUAACGGCCCUUGCCCUCUCCUUGCCAUCAUGAACAUCCUGUUUCUCCAGUGGAAGGUGAAGCUCCCCCCGCAGAAGGAAGUGAUCACAUCGGAUGAGCUCAUGGCCCAUCUUGGAAACUGCCUCCUGUCCAUCAAGCCCCAGGAGAAAUCAGAGGGACUUCAGCUUAAUUUUCAGCAGAAUGUGGAUGAUGCAAUGACAGUGCUGCCUAAACUGGCCACAGGUCUGGAUGUCAAUGUGCGAUUCACAGGCGUCUCUGAUUUUGAGUAUACACCCGAGUGCAGUGUCUUUGACCUACUAGGCAUACCUCUGUACCAUGGCUGGCUUGUUGAUCCACAGCAGAGUCCUGAGGCUGUGCGUGCAGUUGGGAAACUGAGUUACAACCAGCUGGUGGAGAGGAUCAUCACCUGCAAACACUCCAGUGACACCAACCUCGUGACAGAAGGCCUGAUUGCAGAGCAGUUCCUGGAGACCACCGCGGCCCAGCUGACCUACCACGGACUGUGUGAGCUGACAGCAGCUGCUAAGGAGGGUGAACUUAGCGUCUUUUUCCGAAACAACCACUUUAGCACCAUGACUAAGCAUAAGAGUCACUUAUACCUACUGGUCACUGACCAGGGGUUUCUACAGGAGGAGCAAGUCGUAUGGGAGAGCCUGCACAAUGUGGAUGGAGACAGCUGCUUUUGUGACUCCGACUUUCACCUGAGUCAUUCCCUGGGCAAGGGGCCUGGAGCAGAAGGACUACCUGAUUGCUCUGUCCCUGCAGCAGCAGCAGCAGCAGCCACGAGGCGCGCUGGGGCUUACCGACUUGGAGCUGGCCCAGCAGCUUCAGCAAGAGGAGUAUCAACAGCAGCAGGCAGUGCAGCCAGUGCGGACGUGGACGCGGGCCGUGUUACCGCAGGGGAGAGGAGCCACAUCUGGACGCCCAGCUGGGGAGCGUCGGCAGAGGCCGAAGCACGAGUCAGACUGCAUUCUGCUGUAGCUCUGCCCCAGUGCCAGGCUGGCCUGCCCCUUCUUCCAGAGGCUAUGGCUAGUUGGCUUGCUCCCCCGCCUCCACACCUGAGAUGUGCUGAAUAACUUAUUUAUGGACUGUUGGGGAUCAGAGCAGGCGACAAAUGCCAAGGUCAGACUUGGUAAUGUCCUUGACCUCACGUGCUGCUUCCUUCUCUGCCUCCCACCCAGGGCAACACUAGGAUUGGUGGGUUUCUGGUACGCAACUCCCGGUCCCUGAAUAGUCACACGUAUAUACAGACUGAGGCUCUGGGGUGAGGUCCCUAUCCAGAAUGCAUCUCUUCUGCUUCCCAUCCCUGCUGCCUGGAUGCCCCUGAUCACCUAGGCAGGCCUGUCUCCAGUUGUUUCAGAGCUUAAUUUGGGUUUCUAUCUCUGUUAUUUGUAAUGCCUUCCUGGGGUUUGGAAAUAAAACUUCUGGCCGGGCA